AUGGCGUCGAGAAGAAGAACAACGGCAGUGCCAAGUACUUUUAAAAAUCCUUCAACAGAGCCAAAAAGCUCAAAAAGUGUAAACCCCACUAAUAAAGCCAACAACAGUGGAAAUGGAGCUGCAAAGAACACCUCUAAACCCAGUGGGACUGCUGUCAAGUCCCGCUAUAUGCAGUCUGCUGAAAAGUCAUCUCUUUCAAAGAGUAUCUCACGCUCCAAUGACUCUGGUGGUUUGCCUUCUUCACCUAAACCCAGUGGUGUCAAACCAAAAGUUGGCAAUCCACUAAGACAGACAAUGACCCCACAGGCUCUUGGAAUGUCAAUGAUGUCACGUGAAACUGAACCAUCACUGCUGGGGAAAAGUGUACUUCAGUCUACUUUCUCAGAUGGACACUGCUUUCGUCCAGAUUUUGAUAUUUCAGUCAUUAAAGAUAAAACGGUAAAAGAAAAUGCAGUAGAACCUGAGAGAAACCCAGAGAUUCAGAAGACGGACAUUGAGAUGCAAACAUUUCUGUUGGCCUACCUCACAGCUAAGAUGGAGAGCAAUACCGCAAAGCUCAAGGCCGAGGCAGAGGCAAGGAUACUGCAGAUGAUGGAGGAAGAAGAGGUGCUACGUAAUGAGGUCUAUGAGAAGAAGCGCCAGUACCUCUUCAUGGAGAAGGACAGGAAUGUGAAUGAGUUGCUGGAUUUGCAGAUUGCUGCACUGACUCCUGUGGCAGAAGCUGCCAAGCAUUUCACAAAGGAAUACAAAUCUUUCGCCACAGCUAUUGACACCACGCGACAUGAGCUGCCUGUCAAGAAUUUCUACAUUGAUGGGGACAGAUCAGAAUUUUUAAAUAAAGCUGAACCUUGCCUGAAGGAGAGUGAGAAGUUGCUGGUGGAGUGCACAGGAGAUCAUAAGGACAACAGCACUUCUCUAGAGUGCCUUAGGGAAAUGAAAAUGGCUUCAAAGGACAUCAGUCAGCAGCUAUCAGGUGCAUUUUCAGAGCUACUGGAGUUGUCGUCAUUGGUCUGCCGCCACACAAUCCACAUCCAGCAGGCUUCAGAGGAAGAGCAGCUAGGAACUGCAAGAACGCAGGAGCUCUACUGUACCAAAAAUUAAAGAAUACAACACAGCAUUGAAUAUACAGUACAUGCACUUUGGAUAACCCCACCACCCUGAAUUUCCCUGGUUUGGAUAUAUUUGUACCAUUUGUGUCUGUAAUAUUAUAUUUGUAAUGUCUGAUUUUGUUGCAGAGGAAUGUUUAAUGUAGAAUAAUAGCUGCUGUAUUGACUUAUAGCUGAAAUUUCUUAAUAAAUGGAUCAAAAAUCAUAAAUUGAAACAGUUGACAA